AUGAAGUCUACUCACAAACGAAAUUCAUCAUCACAUAAGUUGGUUCGCAAACCUCAAAUUACUCACCAAGGGGUUUUAAUUUGUGAUGUACCUGCUCCUAUUUCUCCCGGGUCCAAGAAACGAUUAGCAGAAGAUAUAGCAAAACACUUGUCACAACUGAAGAAGAAGAAGUUGAAGAAGACUCGCAAGCUUGUUUUAUCUACUAAGUCUACAGAUGAAGAUGAACGAAUCCCAGAAACUCCAGAGUUCACUCCUAUUGUUACAAGUUCCAUUCCUGAGACGAAUGUUAUCAAAACACCCGAAGUUUCGAUUGCCAAGUCAAUUUUUGAGGAGGUUCGAACUUCAGGCAUCCUUGCACACAUAUCUGAUACGGAUGCAAAUGUCAACAUGGGUGAAGGAGGUUCGAAAGAUGCCGCUCAAGGUCCAAUUAUCUUAACACCAACAUCUACAAUUCCUCUCACAUCAACCACUGUUUCACCAACCUUCGAACAUAUCCUCAAUCAACCAUUCACUUCCAUUUUUCCUUCUCAAUCCACUGAUACACCCAAACCAUCUUCACCGACUGCCACUAAUAAUGAAGGGAUUGGAGGUACGUUCGAACAUCUAGAAUUCAAUGAAGAUGAAGAAGAAUUUCCUGAUCACAUGUUGAUGACAAUGAAGCAAUACAAGAUUCUUAAUCAAAAGUUGAAAUCCAUCACUCAAUCCCAAGCUGAUCUUGGAGGAAGUUCAUCUAUUUCCAGUUUGGAGGUUGAUUCCAUGCUCAAGAUGUUCAAAUCAAGAAUAAUCAACAAGAUCUGA